AUGGAUAGGGAAGGAUCUGCUUCAGGAAGUGGUAGUGCGCCACCGUUUCUUGAUUUGAAUGCUCUAUUUACAAAGACGAGGUGUACGCUGGAUAAGUUCUUAGAGACAGAGAAUCCCUUUGAUAAUGAUAAAAUCACUCGCAUUUAUCAGAGAAUUUUUAGAUCUCUCAUUGGGGUUAUUUCUGUAAUCGAGUCAAGAGGGAUCACUCGUGGUUACCUGCAGCCCCAUGAAAUCAUAGUUGGUGGUGGCCGUGAUGUUGAGUUUAAGAAGGCUUGGCUGUUAAAUAGACCAGAGGAGGACAAUCCGACCGCGCCUACCUACAGAGAGCAGUUUGAUUCCUUGGUGCGGAUGAUCCUUGGUGAACGAGAUGCCCCGAACUUGGAGUUGGAUCAUUUUCUCCACAUCACAGCUUUUGCUGCUUCUGAACAACAGCGUUUAUUCGAUUUUAAGCAACUCCAACGGCAUCCACUACUGUUAUCAUCCACUGAAAUAACGCUGUUAGUAUACCGUGUGUUUAUUUGUCUCAACACGGAGGAAACGUCAAGUUGGAAAAAUGACUUCAGGCAGAUGAUACAGAGGAAUGUUGAGGUUAGGGACACAGUUCUUGGGGUGGAUUACUUCUCAGAUGUUUACAACUCGAAAGGACCCCAGUACUACGAAGAGAAUGCACUGGGGGCAUUCCUGUAUUCUGCAGAUGCCAUUUUGGAUGUGAAUGGUUAUAUCCGGAAGGCCUUCACGCAAUAUACGAAAGAUGAGGAAAAGGGGGAGAAACUUAUGACAGUAGAGCAAAUAUUUGAUGUGCUUAUUUCCUUCUUCCCGCACAUGCUUAUUGAUGUGUAUGAUUUCCUUGUAAAGAAGGGCAUUCUAGUUGAAAUUGCAUUUUGGGGCAAAGAUUAA